UUUUCAUUUAUCUUCACAAAUCCAUGCUUCUGAACGGUACCUUAUCUGAUUCUUGGUUUCGAUUUCUUACUUCUGCGCCUGUCAAAUGCACCUAACGAAGCCAACUCUGCUCGUUAUCCUAGAGUCCAUCAUCGCCUUGCUGAUGGGGAUGCUCUGGCACUCGCCUCGGGCUUUCCGUUCUGUGCCUCUAACCCGCGCCCACGAUGAAGCUGCAGUGGCACAAUCUCCCGCUUCAGGACCUGCAUAAAGAAAAAAGAAAAAAGAAAAGCUUCUUUUCUUCCUGAUAUCAUCCUAAGGGGCGUUUAGUUCGUCCCUUCUCGCGCAUCAAGCAGUCCCUGCCGAGAGAUGUCAUAUCAAAGUUGCUACUGAAAAAUCGA